AGGGCUAUCCAAUGAAAGCUCAGCGGGGGCGGGCCUCACGGCGUCGUAGCUCCCAGGUACCGGUGCCCCGUUGGCCGGGACCGGGGGAUGUGUCUGCUGCUCGGGGCUGCGGGAGUCGGCAAGACCCUGCUGGUGAAACGCCUGCAGAAGCUGAGCUCCGGAGACGGCAAGGGCGACCUGGGGGAUCCGCCGCCGACGCGGCCCACGGUGGGCACCAACCUCACUGACAUCGUGGCCCAUAGGAAGAUCACCAUCCGGGAGCUCGGGGGUUGCAUGAGCCCCAUCUGGUCCAGUUACUAUGGAAACUGCCAUUCGCUCCUGUUUGUGAUGGAUGCCUCCAACCCCACCCAGCUCUCUGCUUCCUGCGUGCUGCUCUUGGGUCUCCUUUCUGCAGAAGAACUUGCAAAAGCCUCGGUCCUGAUACUCUUCAAUAAAAUUGACCUGCCCUGUUACAUGACUGUGGAGGAAAUGAAGUCAUUAAUCAGGCUUCCAGACAUCAUGGCUUGUGCCAAGCAGAAGGUUACCACAGCAGAAAUAAGUGCCAGGGACGGCACUGGCUUGGCGGCGGUACUGCUCUGGCUCCAGGAGCAACACAAAUCCAGCGGUUGACUGCAAGAUGGAGGACCAUGGCCGACCCACCCACCCGGUGCCUGGGAGACAAAGGACUCCAUGACAGCCUCUGAAGGGUCUGUGCUGGCAGAAGCAGAGCCACCCAGUGUAUAUCCCUAAGGGACAGGGAUUCUGUGCGGUGACCAGUCAGCAAGCACACACUGUACAGACACUGGCCAUUUGGCCUCUGAACAGUGUUCCGAGGGCUGGGAGAGGACAGACCUGCAGAGUGCUGCUGGGACUCCCACCGGGAAACUCUGGACCUGUGCUUGAGAGCUUUGGACUGUACUGCUCCUCUUUUUUUUUUUUUUUUUGUAGUACAAGCUCUGCCCUUCUGAGCUUCCAUUAUUCUGACAGCGUUCCCCAGGAAAAUUAUGAAUUUUUUAUUAUAUUUAUAAAAUCCAUUAAAUUAAUGGAGUAUGAA